GGGAGCGGGCGGAGGAGGAAGUGUCAUGGCGUCGGGCCGUGGAGCUUCUUCUCGUUGGUUCUUCACUCGGGAACAGCUGGAGAACACGCCGAGCCGCCGUUGCGGAAUGGAGGCGGACAAAGAGCUCUCGAACCGCCAGCAGGCGGCCAACCUCAUCCAGGAGAUGGGGCAGCGUCUCAAUGUCUCUCAGCUUACAAUAAACACUGCGAUUGUUUAUAUGCACAGGUUUUAUAUGCACCAUUCUUUCACCAAAUUUAGUAGAAAUAUAAUAUCACCUACUGCAUUAUUUUUGGCUGCAAAAGUAGAAGAACAGGCGCGAAAACUUGAACAUGUUAUCAAAGUAGCACAUGCUUGUCUUCAUCCCCUAGAUCCACUGCUGGAUACAAAAUGUGAUGCUUACCUUCAGCAAACUCAAGAACUGGUUUUACUUGAAACUAUAAUGCUACAAACACUAGGUUUUGAAAUCACCAUUGAACACCCACACACAGAUGUAGUGAAAUGUACCCAGUUAGUAAGAGCAAGCAAGGAUUUGGCACAGACAUCCUAUUUCAUGGCUACCAACAGUCUGCAUCUUACCACCUUCUGUCUUCAGUACAAACCAACAGUGAUAGCAUGUGUAUGCAUUCAUUUGGCUUGCAAAUGGUCCAAUUGGGAGAUUCCUGUAUCAACUGAUGGAAAGCAUUGGUGGGAAUAUGUGGAUCCCACAGUUACUCUUGAAUUACUAGAUGAGCUAACACAUGAGUUUCUACAAAUAUUGGAGAAAACGCCUAGUAGGUUGAAGAGGAUUCGAAACUGGAGGGCUACUCAGGCGGCUCAGAAACCAAAAGUAGAUGGACAAGUAUCAGAGACACCACUUCUUGGUUCGUCUUUGGUCCAGAAUUCCAUUUUAGUAGAUAGUGUCACUGGUGUGCCUGCAAACCCAAGUUUUCAGAAACCUUCUACAUCAACAUUUCCUCCACCGGUACCUCUAAACUCAGGAAAUGUUUCUGUUCAGGACAGCCGUACAUCUGAUAAUUUGUCAGUGCUAGCAACGGGAAUGCCCAGCACCUCAUAUGGUUUGUCAUCUCACCAAGAAUGGCCUCAGCACCAAGAAUCAUCAAGGACAGAGCCGAUAUAUUCACAGAAACAGGAAGCAUCUUUGUCUAGUAGCCAAUACAACAUCAACUUCCAGCAGGGACCUUCUAUGUCACUGCAUUCAGGGUUACAUCACAGACCUGACAAAAUAUCUGAUCAUUCUUCUGUUAAACAAGAAUAUACUCAUAAAGCAGGGAGCAGUAAACACCAUGGGCCUAUUCCUGCUACUCCUGGAGUAAUUCCUCAUAAAAUGUCUUUAGAUAAAUACAGAGAAAAGCGUAAGCUAGAAACUCUUGAUCUCGAUGUAAGGGAUCAUUAUAUAGCUGCCCAGGUAGAACAGCAACACAAACACAUGCAGUCACAGGCAGCCAGCAGCAGUUCUGUAACUUCUCCCAUUAAAAUGAAAAUUCCCAUCACAAAUACUGAAAAGACUGAAAAAUACAUGGCAGAGAAAAAGGAAAAGAGUGGAUCACUGAAAUUAAGAAUUCCAAUACCACCCACUGAUAAAGGCACCAGUAAAGAGGAACUGAAAAUGAAGAUUAAAGUUUCAUCCUCAGAAAGACACAGCUCUUCUGAUGAAGGCAGUGGGAAGAGCAAGCAUUCAAGCCCGCAUAUUAGCAGAGACCAUAAGGAGAAGCACAAAGAACAUCCUACAAAUCGCCACCAUGCCAGUGGCCACAAGCAUUCCCAUUUGCAUGUUGGCAGCAGCAGUGGCAGUAAACAUAGUGCUGAUGGAAUACCACCUACUGUUUUGAGGAGUCCAGUUGGCCUGAGCAGUGAUGGCAUUUCCUCUAGUUCCAGUUCUUCAAGAAAGAAGCUGCAUAUCAAUGAUGCCUCUUACAACCAUCACUCCAAAAUGAGCAAAAGUUCCAAAAGUUCAGGUAGUUCAUCUAGUUCUUCCUCCUCUGUUAAGCAGUAUAUAUCCUCUCACAACUCUGUUUUUAACCAUCCCUUACCCCCUCCUCCCCCUGUCACAUACCAGGUGGGCUACGGACAUCUCAGCACCCUCGUGAAACUGGACAAGAAACCAGUGGAGACCAACGGUCCUGAUGCCAAUCACGAGUACAGUACAAACAGCCAGCAUAUGGACUACAAAGACACAUUCGACAUGCUGGACUCGCUGUUAAGUGCCCAAGGAAUGAAUAUGUAAUCAUUUGUUUAGGUCAAUUUUUCCUUUACUUUUUUAAUUUAAAAAUUGUUAGGAUGAAAAACUUCCUCCUGAUCUAGCAGUGGUAACACGUGCUUUUGCUGCCACUGCUUCAAUAUUUGUAAGUGCUGCUUUACUCGUCAUUCUGAAAAGAAGAGAUUAUAGUAAACAAGUCUUUAUCUCCACAUAUGAUAGUGUUAUAAAUACUGUAAAAGCAUGGAAGGUGCAAAACUCAGUAUUUCUACAAUUGCAGCUGAGAACAUUAGGAUGAAUGGCUGGCAAUGCUUCUAGGAAUAUAAGAUGUGUCAAGCAUUCAUUAUUUAUAAUUUGAAUACUGUAGCUUUUUUGUUGUUGCUUGGCUUUUGAAUGAGUGUAAAUUGUUUUCUUUUGUGUAUUUAUAUGUGUAUGUAUGAUUUGCAUGUUUCAAUGAUAAAGGGAUAAAACAGCAUACUGACAACUGUUUACAAGAAAGUGGAGAAAAAUGUACAUACAUUUUUGUAUGUUUAGAUAUUACCAUAAAUACUCAGGAUUGGAGCUGCUUGUAAGUAUAACAAUAUACAGAAUAACUUUAUUUUCUCUUGUCAGAGUCCAUCACUAAUCUAAAAGGUGGCACUUUUUCAUGUUAACCUUAAACUCUAGGCCUUACUGGAAGCCACUGAAGGGGGGACACUUCACUACCAGAUGGGUAUAUAGUGCCUCAAGUGGCACUCAAAUUCUGCCUUCAGGUUUCUGGCCAGAUUGGCUAAUAAAAUAGCCCCUAAUUUUCUGAAGGCUUGAAAAGGAAAAAAAUAAAGUUUACAUACUCUUGAUGUGAAGUGCAUUUAAAUGUUGUUGGCCUGUUACAGUACCAUAAAACAACUGUUAAUGAUGGUCAUGUGGAUUACUGUGAUUUAAAAACUAAAUUUGCAAAAGCAUACAUAGUGAAGAAUUAGUUUUUUCUUUAAAGAACUUAAACACUACAUAUAACAGUAAGCUGAGGUUGCUUCCUUUAGCAUUCACAAUAACACCAUAUUUUUUAAUAUACUCCUCCCCUGAGGUGUGUUUGCAUUGUGAUGCCAUAUUUCUUUUUCAGGUAAAUACAGUCUUCCUUAUAAAAAAUGAAAAUAAACCUAUGCUCUCAAUUCUUUUAUAUUCUAAUAAAUAAAAAUAAAAGAUCACUGACUGUGCAUUGUACCUGUAUUUAUAGCUUAUGGUUGUUAUCAGGAAGCUAUGUUUUUGUCUUUGUUUUUAAAGAAAAAAGCCAGCCUCCAGGCAAACCACUAGUGGAGGGUUAUACAUUUGUUUGCACAUCUCAGUAUAUUCCUGUUGAGGGAAAGUUUGCACGGUCAUCUGACUCCUGAUCCAACAGUAGGCUUUAACUUGUGUAAAUUUUGGUUUAAAUGCCAAUAGUAUGGCUCUUGUUUAUCAGUUAAUAUUGAUUUUUUUUUCUGUGGUAAAUCUUCAAGCUGUUGAGUAUCUAUAAGAUGGGUUAGAUUCAACGUUGGUUGAACUGAAGACUAAUUUUUCUUCUGUGUAUAUGAGCUAUUUUGUUACAAAGCCACUGGUAUGUGCACAAUUGUAAUUUUACUCAAGUAUAUUGUGGUUGUAAAUAUUAGAGGUUUGAACUUGUGAUCUACUUUUAUUUAGCAGUUAAGUUGCUAGUAGCUUUAUAAUUUUUUAAGAUAAUUGUUCAUUAUUUUGUCAAUGUUAUUUGAACUUGGCAUACUAGGAGCCUCUUUAUAGGGACUUUGCCUAGGUAGAUGUCCUCACAUUUGUUCUUGUCUUGCAUAACAUUAGUAAUCUUUGUCAUUAUAUGUAACUUGGUUGCUCUGUGUAGCAUAAUAUUGUAUCCAUAAACAUGGUAAUUUUGAUACAGUUAUACUUUUACCAUGGUACAUAAUCCAAGGACUAGUAUAGAAUUAAGCUGAGUGCAAGAUGAGGGAGGGAAGGGUUUUGUUCUUGGUAAUUUAGAUGUGAAACCUCCGCAGAGCUAUCAUGUAAAACGACAUAGGGUGGUUGUGCUACUGUAUAAUGGGGGGGAGGGGGUAAUACCAGGAAAUUUAAUAAGAUUUUGUAAAGAAUAUCCAUAAAAGUAGUGAACUUAUUUUCAGUAUGACAUAGAAAACAAUGUGAAUAUUUAAGGUCUGUGACUAUAGUUAAACUUCACUAAGAACUUGCAGAAUUGUUUUGAGAUGUGGGAAUAAAGGUAAUCUUGUUGAAUCUUUAUUGGUGCUAAUGAUGGACAGUUAAAAAAAGAUAGCUAGUGUAUAUUGUUAUGGUCAGUACUUACUAGUACUUCCAAAACUGAAUUUGAAAUGCUAUGUAUUCACUUUUCACUCUGUAAAUGUAAUUCUUUACAAUGACUAUUUAUUAAAGGGCAGCCAGUUGUGAUUUUCACAGGAUUGUGUGAGCUAUUCAAACUCUUUAACCUCUGAACAGGAUAUUAAGCUUCCAAAACCACAGUGGAGAUAAAUGCAGAAUCCUUUUGAAGUUUCAUUUUCAUAAAGAAAAACCCUCCUAAUUCAUAUCACCAUGAAUUCAUUUUAACCAUCUUAUUUGCAUAAAAUAGUUCAUCUGCCUGGUCCCAUUAGACUCUACCAAAGAAAAAGACUCAGAUGAAUGGACAUUAUUACUGUGAGUCUUGUAAGUAGCCAUAAAUAAACCAAAAUAGUAUCAAAUUUAGGUAUGGAAUUCCACAUGUGCAAAGUACUGUUAAGGUGAUAACAUUUUGAUGAGUUUUUUUUUAAUAUUUGAACUAUUAAAAAACAUUAUCUUUAAAACAUCCUAUAAAAGAGUGAUUCAUUUUUAAGUUGUGUUUUCCCUAUACCAUAUAUUUGUUAACCUUCUUAUGCAGAAGCACAUAGCAAACAAAGGCCUCACUUCUACCUCUUUCAUCUAAUUUUCCAAUACUUAGCUAUUUCCUCUAAAUAUUUGCCUUACCUGCUUUAAUGUAUGAUAUUUUCAGAACCAAAGCUAUCAGAUGUUUGUUUAAAGAAAUUCUCAAAGGACUGCUUUACAAGAUUGGUGGCCAUAUCCUUUGCCUUGCAAGAGUUAGUUACCUGUUUGCAAGUACUGGUAUCUGUCCUAGCAUCUCCCACAAAGCAGUUCAUGUGCAUCUUGGCCUCGCUGUAUUUUCAGGUUAUUCAGAGUUUUUGGAUUUUUUUUUCCAUUUCCUGGAAUUCGUUUUUAUAAAUAUUAUUUUAUAUGAUCAGAGGCACAUAGGCAUUACAACUUGUGUUCCUCCCCCAAGAGUCUCCUCUGGUCUCACUGUGUGUGAGUGCCUAGUUUUUUGUUUUUUUAAUCUACCAUGAUGUGCAGUUCUUGAAUAUCAUGAUAAAAUGCUGAUACUUGUACCAAUAGGUUAUUAUUAUAUGAGAAUUCUUAUUUAUCUUUUUGGCCUAUCCUCUUUGAAUUGAAGAAAUGAGUAGUCAUGUUCUACUUCAGAGACCAGUUUAGAAUGUUUUUGUUACUUACCAAGUACCUUGCCUUAAAACAUUGUAAGCACAUUUUCUUUUCUGAGAAUUUAAAUUGCUGACUUAUUCUUAUCCAACCUUAGAAAUAAACCACUGAUUAAAUAUGCAUACAUAGUACACAAUGAGUAGAGAUUUUAGGCUUUUGCAUUUUUUUGAAUGGGGAAUCUUUCUUAGGAAAUGGUAACAUCUAUUUAAAAAGAAAAAAAGACAAUUCUGAGAUUUUGGUUGAUUUUUGGUUUAGGGAGGAUUUGGUUUUUUUGUUGUUGUUGGGUUUUUUUUUUUAAUUGUAUUGGGGUUUGAACCCAAACCUUGCUAGACAGGUGCUGUCACUCAUUUCAUUCUUUAGAUAGGAUCUUGUGUUUUUGCCUGGGACUUCUUUUGUUUUCCCCAUGGUGGCCUCAACCCCUGAAAUUGUCAUCUUCCUGAUCUCUGCCUCCCAAGUAACCAGGCAUGACCUACCAGCACUGGUUUGAGACUGAUACAUAGCCCAGUCUAACCAUCCAACUCUUAAUCCUGCUUUAACCUUAACAUUAGUUGUUCUUAAAAUAUCGCACAAUUUUUUUCCUACUGCCAUGCUUUUUAGGAAUUCUUUUGUUAAGGAAAAAGUGAAACAAGGUGAAAAAUACUUGAUUUGGUAUUUUUCUUUAUUGAGCUGCUGCUCCCUCAGCCUUUCUGUAGAAGCAAUAGAACAUAGGUAAAGCAAAUCCCACACUCAGAAAACUUGAACUGAACUUAAGUCUCAUGUGCCCAUUUAUUUAAGAUAGACUAGUCUAGGCAGAUUUAAACACUGGAAACGCAUCACAUCAUAUCUGUUCUCCCAGGGUACUAAUUUUUGGUACUGAUAGGUUGGGUGAAAAUUAAGAUGUCUGUCUGAAAUCAGUGGUUAGUUUGUGGCAAGUUUAAUAAGGAUGGGUGGCAAGUAAGAAGUUUGUUGCAGCAUAUAGCCUCACAAGAUGAUCUUGUGUAUGGGACUGAAAUGCUCAGUGAUUUGGCUUCCAUGCCUUGUAUUCAUUUUAUUUUUACUCCUGUUGAUUUUGGCCCAGCCAGGUUUUGUCUCUGUGCCUCCUUUUUUGUUCUCUAAUUUACCAUCAUGUUUCCUACCUGAUGUUUUUAGAUAGAUGUAUAUAUCGAAGCAAUAUAUAAACAGCAAUUCUAUUAUAGAGGGGACCCAUUAAUCUCAAAACUAGAUCCUGAGGGCUGUUCAGGUUUAUUUCUAAGAGAAAGCCUCAUUUAAUGUCCUUCCAUUUAGUAGUCCAAUUUGAUUUGCCUGUUGUUUGUGUGUUCUUAAGUAAUAAGUGCAUUCUUGUUUUUAAGGUGUGUUUUUCAAGCAGCUUUAUUUGGUUAGAAAAAUUUCCUCUAGUAUUCAUUGUGAACAGUGAUUGGGAUUUUGUUUUCUGAAUGUACUCAAGACAUCCAUGGAAAUUUGAAUGGGAUGUUUGCUGAUAGAAAAAUCCUUAACAGGCAUAUGUAUGUAUUGGCAUUAAUUAGUCAUUGAAUUUCAGCUUCUCAGCAUCUUUACAAGGGAUUAUUAAUAAAAUUUAUUGAUUGGCAACAUAAA